GAUUCAUAGAGCGAAGAAGAAGAAGAAGAAUGGGAGGCGAAGAGGAGACAAAGAUGAGAGUGGUAGUCGAAUCGCUGGGAUGGAUAACGGAAUCUUCCAUCAUGCCGAAGAAACACCGCGCCAUCGAAGGCGUGGGUCCUUCCUCGAUCAUGGAGCUCAAGGCUCAGCUCUACAAGUCUCAGGAAGAAGCUAAGCAGACGAAGGAUUUCGCGGGAUCCGAUGCUCAGUACCACCGCGCCAAGGAAAGGAUCGCCGCUAAAGAUUCUUUCGCCGCGAAGAACUCCGGCGUCGAGGGUCGAGCUCUCAAGGACAAGAUCGAGCUUAAAGCGGUUAAAGACGGAGCAGUUAGCUACGCUGCGUUGGAGAAGAAGGCUCAGUUAUAUGAGAAGCUUGCAAGGGGGGAGCUUUCGGAUGAAGAAGCCGAGGAGAAGUACUGUGUUGAUUUCUUCAGGAAAGGAACAGAACAUGGGGAAGAUUUACAAGCACCAAGGACUAGUAACAUUUCCAUUUCGGCACCACCUGAGGAUUUAAAAGCAGAUGGUGAGGAUGAUGGUUCGCUGCUGUUUAGCACCAAAUUUGCCGGGCUCGGACGUGCGGUUGAGACAGCUGAUAUAAGUCAACACGUGCGUAUGGUCAGAGAGGUUCAUCAAGAAGUGAAUCAAGCGAGAGAAAAGGCAACAGAGUUGAAGCAAAGGAGACAAGAGCAGGCAACAAAUCGUCGGGAGAAACUCAAGCAAGCUUAUCUUCGGAAGCAGCUCGAGAAACUUAAAGCUCAGCAACAACAACAACCGCAGCAACAAGAUGAGGGGAAAAUUUGAUUUAUUUGAUGUGUUUUUUUACUUUGCCAAGCUUUUAAUGACUUGGGAGAUACAUAAAUCCCAGAAAAAGGUAAUUAAGCUGAUCAAAGAAACAUCAGACUUAUUUGAAUGAGUAUCAAUUUUAAGUUCGAUUAGAUGGAUAGCUUUUAUAUUGUAUUUGUGACUAGUAUGUUCUUUUGUAAAGAGUAAGUAAAAUUUUUGUUUUC